CGGCGCUGAGGGGAGCGCUGAACAGCCAGCCGGGUUUGGGGCGAAAAACACCCGGUUCAGGCAAAAUCGGGCCGGUGGGAUAACGGCAGCUUGCUGGGGAGGCAGCGGGAGACGGAGAGCAGCAGGAGGUUCUGGUAAAAGCGGUGGGUUUGCAAAAAAUUACCUGAAAAAGCAGCCGGGUGUUGAAGCAAAACGAGCUCCUGAGCGCGGCUGAGGAAGGAGACUGCGGGACGAGAAACAACACAACCCACGCGAUUCUGAAGAGAAAUAAAGGCGGUUCCCAAAGGGCCGCCGUGGAGUGAGGGUAAGUCCCUGUCCCGCAGGGAGCAGCUCUUUGAGGCGGGAUCCUGACGGGUGGCGGCAUUCCCGGCCGGUCAUCCCGCUGCAUCCGAGUUAAAGGCAAGUAAAGCAGUGGGGUGAAUCCCUGUUCCACAGGGGUUCGGCUGUUUGAGGCCAAAUCCUGCUGGGUGACGGCAUUCCCAGCCGGACAUCCCACUGGAUCCGAAGUUAAAGCCGCAUUAUCCCACCUGACCACCACCCGGGCACCGGACCAUGGAUCCGCGGCACUGGAGGCGUCUCCAGCUCGGGAAUCUUUCCGACUGUCCCAACGGCUCCCGCUGGGUGAUGGAUGUGUUCAAUGAGUGUGCCCAGGACAGCCGGGACAUCGCCAGCGUUAUCCUGGGUCUGGUUUCCAUCUUCUGCUUUGCAGCUGCCUCCUUUCCGCAGUUUUACCAAGCCUGCAGAACAGGCAUCAUGGACCGGGCCCUCUCCAUAUAUUUCCUGCUGGGAUGGCUGGGCGGAGACCUCCUAAACCUCAUCGGUUCCUUCCUGGCUCAUCAGUUGCCCCUGCAGGUUUACACAGCUAUUUACUAUGUGCUCGCAGACCUGGUGAUGCUGUCUCUCUACUGCUACUACAAAGUGAAGAACCGGGGUGGAGGAUUCACUGCCGAGAUCAACGCAGCCUUCGUCUUCCUUUCCCUGGGGACACUGUCGACCGUCUCCUUCCUGGGCAGAGGUGCUGCGGUGGCGCAGGACCCGGUGGUGGUCAAAGGAAGGUCCCUGCUCUCCACUCACGUGGGUGAGCUUGUGUCAGAGCCUUUCACCAGGGGCGAGAUCAUCGGCUUCACCAUCGGCUCCGUCUCCUCUGUGCUGUACCUGUGCUCCCGAGUGCCCCAGAUCUACACGAAUUACAAGAGGAAAUCCACCAUCGGGAUCUCCUACUCCCUCUUUGCCCUGGUGAUGCUGGGGAACUCGCUCUACGGCCUCAGUGUCCUCCUGAAGAACCCUGAGCCAGGGCAAAGUGAAGGUGACUACGUCCUGCACCACCUCCCCUGGCUGGUGGGCAGCCUGGGCGUCCUUUCCCUCGACAUAGUUAUCUCCUUCCAGUUCCUUGCUUAUCGGAGAGGAAGACCUGGUAGCCAUGAAGAGAGGGGUGCUCUUCUCGGGGAGCACGGGGACAGCCUGGAGAGCUGACAGAGGGACCUGCCCCGGAGGGAGAAGAGCAGGAUGCGGACACAAAAGCUGACCUCAGCGCUGGGCAAACCAGCUCCUCCACCCCGGCAGCUCCUGGGAGAAGAGGACUUGAGCCAGGGGCUGACAUGUUGUGCUGCUAAAGCCCAGCCGGGCGGCAGAGGGUACUGCUGAGAGCCCUCGUGCCUCUUUGAUACCAAUGAUGCUAUUGGGAUGAACAGGGAAUAACUUAAUACCUCAAAAGGUUGCUCUUUGUAGCUCUUACAGCUGAGCCCAGUCACUUCUCUUUAUCUGUUGCCUCUCUGGGGUGAUCUGGAGCUUCCUCAGCGCCGUCAAACAUGAGAAGAGCUGGAAGGGCUGUGGGGAGGGGAUGGAGAUGAGCGGCCCACCACAACCAUGAGCACCAGUUACCUCUGUGGGCCUCGUGUCUCCACCACUGACUCUAGAAGAUACCUCAGUGACUGGACCCAUUCAGAAGGAGGGAGGGAAGGAGCAGCAUAACCAAAGUGUUUCACUCCACACAAACCUGCUUUAAUUAGCACGGCUCAUGUCUAUAAAACAAGUCCUUGCCCA